AUGGAGACGCCGACGGGUCCUGCGCAGGCAGGCGGCCGCUUCCCCGUGCCGCACAGAUCCCUCUCCUUGGACAUCAAGGGCAACAAGACUGACAUUGUCAUCAGCAGAUACGAGGAUAACUUUCUGGUCAUCGUGACGCAGAUCGGAUGCAUGGGAACCAUAUUAGCUGCUAAGAAAGAUGAAAGUGUUUUCUCUGAUCCAACCUACGAUGUAUCUGUUCUUUUUGGGAAGAGGGAUGAGCCACUCCUGCUAGCUUGUGCACGUCAACUUAUCGAGCAUAUAAGUGGUAGUGGCUCAGCUCGGCCGUUGGUGAUCUCUCUUGGUUUGAAAGAUCAUUCCCAGGGAACAUUGAAAGAUGUAGUUUCUGCCAUUGUUGACAACCGCCUAUGGUGA